CUCUUGCAUCUCGGUAUUUCGUAGUGAACACGCCAUCAGGUUGGAUCGAUCACUAGGGGACAUACUAUCCGCUUCUUCGAGAGACAUCGCACGUUAUCUCUAAACUAAAAUAAAUUUUAAGUGCAAUUUCCGGAGGAUCUAUACUGAUUGAAUCGAGAAGAGAUUCGUUAACUUUUCUUCAAGAUGGCGCCGAACCUAUUUGGUACCUCGGCGACAUUAUAUUUGGAAGCAUCCCAGCAGGAUGUCCAUCAAGAUAAAUCAACGACAGAAAAGUCGAACAAUCAGAAGGUGGUUGUACAAAAGUCGUCUACGGCUAAACCGAAAUAUAAAUGGAACAUCGUCUGGAGGAACGUGAUCGCUUUUAUUUACCUUCAUAUAGGAGCUCUUUAUGGAUUUUAUCUCUUCUUCAAUGGAACAAAGUUCUACACGUCCCUUUGGACAUUUUCAGUGGCAUUCGCAGCAGCACUUGGUAUCACAGCCGGUGCCCAUAGAUUAUGGGCUCAUCGAACCUACAAAGCAAAAUGGCCCAUGAGAUUCGUACUGAUGAUCUGUCAAACAAUCGCUUUCCAAAAUCACAUUUACGAGUGGGUGAGAGAUCACCGAGUGCAUCACAAGUUCACCGAUACUGAUGCCGAUCCACAUAACGCUCAAAGAGGAUUCUUCUUCUCCCAUAUAGGCUGGCUUUUGGUACGAAAACAUCCGGAUGUGAUCAAGAAGGGUGCUACGAUCGAUAUGAGCGACCUCGAAGCGGAUCCCUUGGUUGUUUGGCAAAGAAGGUUGUAUCUUUUCCUGAUGCCCCUCUGCUGUUUCAUAAUCCCCAUGUGGGUGCCGUGUUAUUUCUGGGGAGAGAAACCAUUUAAUUCAUGGUACAGCACCGUCUUUAGAUACACUUUGUCCUUGAACUUGACGUGGUUGGUGAACUCGGCUGCUCAUAUAUGGGGCAUGAAACCUUACGACAAAACGAUUGGACCAACGGAGAACAUCAGUGUGGCUAUAUGCGCGUUCGGCGAAGGAUGGCACAAUUACCAUCACGUGUUCCCAUGGGAUUACAAAGCGGCUGAAUUGGGAAAUUAUAGGACCAACAUCACCACCGGAUUUAUCGAUGCCUGUUCGCGUAUCGGAUGGGCAUACGACAUGAAAACUGUUCCAGUUGAAAUUGUGAAGAAACGAGCAGCCAGGACUGGCGAUGGAACGAGAUACGAGAAAACGGAAACCCAUCAUCAUAACCACGAGAACAUGAAAUGGGGAUGGGGAGACGCGGACAUGCAACCUGAAGAGAUCCAGGAAGUCCAGAUUAUCAACAAAAGCGAUUAAUCAAUCAGUCGUUUACCAACGUUAUAUACACAUAUGAACCGUUUAUUUUAAGAGUGGCGUAAUUCUGUUUCCAAAGAAAAUUACAAAUUGUUUAUAAAUCAAAAGAUCACAAUAUAUAUCAAUUUUUUGUUAUCUUAAUUUUUUAAAAAACACUAGACUCGCGCCAUCUUCAAAAUAAACGGUCCAUAAAAUAUAAUCAUUUUCGGUUGGAUUUGAACGAUUGAUCGCUUAUUAAUCACCGAUCGAUCGUUCACUACGUCAAUUAAUAUUUAUUGGACGUGUUGUCAAAACUGUUUAUUGUUAUCGAAGAGUCGACUGUUCGAGAAAUAAAACCAAAAGAAGAAACAGAAAGAUAAGCAAUAACGUUAAAUGGUUUUUUUAAAAUAUCUACAUAUAUUGUUUCUUUGGUAAGAUCAAGAUUGAACGAAGUGUAAUGGUGAAUAUAAUAAUAGAGAAAAAUGAUGGAAGUAUUACAGUCGACUCUUCUAUUGUGGAAUCAAAUGAAUUCGUGGCCUUUCGAUUCAAUCGUAUCGUCGAGUCCGAAGAAUCGAUACCUGUACGAUACCUGGACAGUUGAUCGGUUAAAUCACCUGGUCCUGAUGUAUCUCCAACGGUGUAGAAUUAUCGUAACCAAAGCACGUGUACUGUAUAUCGAUCAGUAGAUCGAGUAGUUCUUGCAUACACGGGAAAGGCACCUACGCGCGUUGCCAUUGAAUUUUCAGAAUUAUCGAAACUUGGACCGAAAAAAAAUGAUUUUUUUUUUCAAUUUUAUGUCAGCCUCCAACUUGAACGGUUCUUUUGAAAAUUCAGUAGAUACUCCAUUUUGUUGAUUAAAAUUUUUGUCGAGAAAAAAUUUUAAACUUCUUUUUGAUCCAAGUUUCGAAAAUCAUUGGAAAGAUUCUAUAUAAAGCCGGAAGACUCGAGCUCGAUCUUCGCUUAUUCGUCUUCCGCUAAAAUGUUUUUCGCGAAAUCGAGCCCGAGUCGAGAAACUGCGAUCGUUUGCCGCUUUUAGCGUCAAUUAAAUGAAACGUACAAUUAAAUCGUGGCUUGGAGAAACGCAACCGCCACAGUAAGUGCGACAAUCUAACAUCGACUAUUUGCCUUAACAACUAACUCGCUCUUUCCAUUGUCCUGUCGCACAAAUCCAUGUUUGUACGAUGUAGAAUCCUUUAGAAGAAGAAAGGAAACAGGAAGUAUACGAAAUGAUCCAGAUCCUGGAAAGUGAUCGCGAUAUCAUCCAGCGAAAGAUAGGAAUAAUAAAAAUCUUUUUAUUAUUUCAAAAUACACAUUUCAAAAAUAAUUAACUUUUCUUCUGGGUCAUUUCGUGUCGCUUCGAUGCGAACCUUCGAACGCUACGAGACAAAUUUUUUAAUUAUUUUCAAUCGUUAAGUCGAUUGAUGGUGAACGCGUGCCUUUCCUUUUCCUUUAUUGGGUAAUUAUUAUUUAUUUUGUUGCCGAGAUAAAACACUCCGCGGAUUAAUUUAUGUAUACAAAGGGUAAGGGGAGAGCUGAAAUUGUUUCUUCCAGGAAGUACUUCCUUUGACUUUAUAUUAAUUAAAAAUAUAAUUUGCUGAGAGUA